UGAUGAACCUAUACCAUUUAUUGAUGAUAAUCUAUCAAUAACACAUAGUCGAAAAAGUAGUGCAUGCUGGAGUGAUCGAACAAGUUUAAGUAGUCGAUUUGGAUUGGCAUGGAAAUUAAAUUUAAUACGAACAAAUUCACAGCUGCAACCAACAACGUUAUCAAACGAAACAGGAGGAGGAGGAAUAAAACGAUUUAGUUAUCGAACAAUGCGAUGUACAAUGUCGCCAACACAACAACUUCAGUUUCAUGAUGAAUUGUAA